AUGGAUGUUGACGGAAAUCUUAACAUUAUUUCUGGCGGUGAAACAAGAGUUACAACUCAUGGUUUAUCUAUAGCAUCUGGAUAUUACUCACACAUUUAGUAUGUUAGUUACAAUGGUUAAUAAGAUUGGGUUAGAAUAUAUAAUCAAGUUGGUUUCACAGCAGUGAUAAAUCUAGUUUUUUAAUUUGGUGUAACUUAAGCAUUAACAGCUUCUGCUAUUAUCUAAAAUCCUUCAUCUCUGAAAAUGCAAGUUAUUUUAAUAUCUACAACUGAUGGAUCCUUGAUUAAUGCCUUUUAUGAUGAUACUAAUCCUGGUGGAGCUUAUUGGACAAGUACUUAUUUAAACUCAGUAGUUCUAGACGCAUCAAACAAUCUUUAUUUUGGGGCAUAAAUAUCGGGUAUUCGUACAUAAGUAAUAUCAAAAUUUGAUCUAACUUCAACAACUACACCGAAUGAAGCUUUAUGGAAAUUUCAGCAUAGAGGGGCUUUGAUAUAAGGUGAGUUCGGUUAAGUUGGUGUUAUUUUCUUAGAACCAACUAACACAUAUGUUUAUUCUUUCAUCAGAUAUUAUACAUCUUAUUCUAAUCCUAGUCGAUAAGAGCAUUAUUCAACAAUUUCCAAAAUGCUUACUAGCACCGGAGCUCUUCAAUAUGCUUACACCAUGAACAUUACUCGACCUCAAUCAGUUGCUAUCUCGAAUUAAAGGACAGUGGCGUUAUUAAGAUCUGGCACAUAAGAAAGCUUUUUUGGUUGCUAACCCAUUGCUUACAGAGGAGUAACUCCGAAUGAGCUCAAAGCUAUAUUUUAUCGCCUUGUUGUUAAUGCUGACUACACAAUAGCAUCCUAAUUUUUUGUUGAAAUUCUUGAAGAUCUUAAAUGUUUGGAUCUAAGAGUAUAAUCAACAACAUCUUUCUAUCUAUUGGCAUUAGAUUUUGGCGUAUAUAAAAACCAUUUGAUUAGAAUUCAUGAUAUAACAGCCACUGAAGCAUCAAUGACAAGGUAGGAAUUUACCUAUCUCUCUACUUAUAGGAUCUAUGAUGGCGUUAUCUUACCCGACUAUUCUGUUUAUUAUAAUGGAGCUACUCUCUAUACUAAUCUCUCAAGUUCUUAAUACUUCUCUUAUAUUAUGUCAUCUGACAUAUCUCAGUCGUGUUCUUCUUAUAAUAUGUAGCCAAUCAUUACUUCAGAAACUUUGACAGCAAUCAACGGUUAUUCCUAUGCUGAUCUUGGUUUUAAUAUACAAAUCACAACUAAUUUUAUACUUAGGAGAUCAACUACUUUUAGUUUAUUAGCCUAGAAUAUAUCUCUUUAUAAUACCAACUAUACAAAAUUUUGCGACCCAAUACCUAAGCUAUGGACUUAUAAUAAUUAUACCAAUAUUGUCUCUACUCUUGGCAUGUAAUCUGAAGCAUUUGCUUAAAACUUGUCAAUAUAUUUUUCAGGUGAUGAAAUAUGCAAUGAUCAAACUAGGACUUAUACUUUAACUUCACUAGAUACUGGAAAUUUAAAUUUGGUAUUUAUUAAUCCUGAUACCUUCUCAUUUAAAUAGAAAUUGAACCAAGAAAUAACAAGUAAUUAUACAUUAUAAUGUACUUAUCCAAAUGGCUAAACUGCUAGUGUGGGAUAUCAAAUUAAACUUAUUGAUUGCUACAAUGAUUACUUGACUAAUGAUUUAUUAGUUGACACUACAUAUAGUAUUGGAUAGCCAUCUGUUGUCUUGGAGUUAGAUGCUUACGUGUUAAAGAAUCUAUGCAUUGUUCCUCCCUCAACUACAAUUAUAGUUUAGCCUUAAGUUGAUGCAAUAUCAUACAAUAGUACUAGCUUAGUAAUAUCUUCUUCAAACCCAUCUCACAAAGGUAAUUAUGAUAUAAUAGUCAAAUAUUAUAACCACUAUGACUCUUCAAAAUUCACAGAAAUAGCAUUCACUGUAAAAAUAACUUGCGAUUACCCAAUAGUCGCGAAUUUUUAAGGAUAAAGUGAUUAUUAGUAUGCGGUUGGAGAAGGCCCAAAGGAACUAGAUAUGACUCUACAGUAUUCAAACUUCUGUGGAUACUCAAUAUCUGCUCAAGCCUACUAUCAAAGCACGUCUGGCCUUGUUUCUCUUCCCUCACAUAUUUCAUUUAAUCCUUCAACAAUGAAGAUUACUAUAAAUUCAAGCAACAAUGAUGAUGUUGGCCAAUAUGCAAUAAAUUUUAAAGCUAUUUUUAAUGGUAUUUUUGAUAUUUCAGAACUUGCUAUAUCUUAGUAAUACAAUGAUGAAGUUGAUAUUCUAAUAAAUAUUAUAACAUAAACAACUACCACUACUACAACAACUACUACUACUACUACAUAGGAACCAACUACAACUGCAUCCGCAAUUACAACAGAAAUUGAAACCUCAAUUUAAGAUUAAGAUACAAUUUAUUCUACUACUUUGGCUCCUGAAACAACUUAUGAUUAAACUACAACAACCACUCCAGUUCCUGAAGUAACUACAGAAUCUACUACUAAUUCACCCACUUAAACAACUAUAAAAAACUAACAAAAUGCUCAAAUAACUAAUUCACCUCCAAUAUUCAUACUGAAACCAUAAAAUCUUCUAGCAGUUGCUGGACAAGAGUUAAUCUAUACUCUUCCAAUGGUAUUUGAUAAAGAGAAAAAUACAGUUACAAUAACAUUAAGCUUAGAUAGGAAUUAGAACUUCAUCACUCUAAGAGAUUCAAAAAUUUAUGCUAGUCCAACAUCUUUAGACACAGGAAAUUACUUAUUGACAUUGACUUUAACAGAUACUGGAAAUCCUACAGCUAUUAGUAUUUAUAAGAUAAAGUUAACUGUGGUCAAGUCAGCAAAUAAUGCAUUGAAUAAUAGCAGCACUUCUACAAAUAGCACUGUAAGCAAUAGUACCUCACCAAUUCACUAUACUACCCCUGGUGUUCCAACUUACAUUCCCUCAAAAGAAGUUCAAGUGUUAGCAAGUCAGUUUAAAGCAACCAUUUUAAGUUUAAAUCAAAAAGGAGAAGCAGUCAUUCAGCUUAAUCAAUAGGUCACUUUUAAUAGUUCAACUGGUACAUUCAAUGAAAUAGAAAUCCAGCCGAUUUUGUCUCAGCAAGACUCUAAAUUUAUACAAAACUGGACUGCUAAUGCUGAUUACCUUUAAGUUAAUCUGUUCUACAAAGAUCAAAACAAUCAACUGAUAGAUAUGUCCUUAUUUGGAGGGGUUUCUAAGCUCAUUUAGCAGUUGCCCAAAUAAAUUGGAAAAGAUGAUGCCUAAGUAGUCCAAUAAAGAGGAGAAAUUGUAUCUCAUUUAGUGAAAGCUUUAAUUUAUACCUGUAUAGUUUCAUCCUAGCUUUUGUAAUAUAUAAACUUUCAAUAACCUCAAAUUAGGUUAUCUGCAUCUGGAACUGUGUGGUCACUAGUAAAUAAUAUUCAGCAAGUUUCUAAUCUAGCUCUAUUUGAUUUAGACAUGCCCUCAAACGUAUAUUAUUUCAAUCAGUAUUUGCAAGAUUUUAUCACCUUUAAUAUGCUACCAGAAGUCUCAAACUCUAAGGACUAAACUAACGUGGCCUUUAGGCUACUCGAAGAAAAAAGUUCUAAUAGCGAUAUUUUACUUAAUAAAUUCAAACUUAUGGGAUAUAAUAGUGUUUAGCUAAUUGCUCAAUUGCAAUUUAUACUAAUAAUAUGUGCUUUUGGUAUAAUUUUAAUUGUUAUUGACAAAUCAGUCAUUUUUAUUCUAAGGCUCAUCACUAGAUUAACAAGAUAAUCCACUGAUAAUUUCAAGCGCACUAAAUUUUAUUGGAUUUAUUUCAAAAUUACAAAAGGAUUAUACUAUACAUGGUUUACUAGGCUAUUUGUUGAGGGUUAUAUGAUUGCCUCAAUUAUGGUUUUCUAUAUUUUAAAGUAUCAAGUAGAUCCUUAGACCACAUGCAUAAUGGAAAGUUAUAAGAAUAGAUGA